AUGUGGCCAAUCCUGCGCGCAGCCCGGGGCCUCGCGGCCAAUCGGAAGGCAGCGCGGCGCGCUUUUUUCCCCGGCGCUAUAAGUGCGGAUGGAGCGGCGGAAAGUGAAAGUGGUGCCAGUUCCAACGGGUGCAGCCUGGGACUGGAGCGCAGCAGCCCAAGCGGAACCGCAAGCAUGCUCACGUCUCCAAAGCUGCCACCGGGGGAAGCGGGCACCGCUGACCGCUUUCCCCAGACCACGCUAUCGCCCCAGUCCAAGCCGCUCACCUCCUUCCUCAUCCAGGACAUUCUGUGGAACGGCGCAGAGCGACGCAGCGGCGGCCACACGGGCAUUUCCGAGCCGCAGCCCCCGCCGCAGUGCCCGCGCGAGUCAGACACGCGCCGGGACCCUGAGCCGGAGAGAGGACGAGCCCGCACCGGGGGGCUAGAGGAGGAGUUGAGCGCCCAGCCCAGCGCCGCUCCUGGGGAGGCCGGGAACCUGGCGGAGCUCGAGCCAGAUAGGCACUUUGAGACUUAUCUCUUGGACUGUGAAAACACUUCUGGCCUCCCACCAACACCCAAGCAGCAACAGAAGCGUGCCCGAUCAGCCUUCUCCCACACGCAGGUCAUUGAAUUAGAGAGGAAGUUCAGCCAUCAGAAGUACCUGUCAGCUCCUGAAAGGGCUCACCUGGCCAAGAACCUCAAGCUUACUGAGACCCAAGUGAAAAUAUGGUUCCAGAACAGACGCUAUAAGACUAAGAGGAAGCAGCUCACCUCUGACCUAGGAGACCUGGAGAAGCACUCCUCUCCGCCAUCCCUGAAAGAGGAGAGCUUCUCACGGGCCUCCCUGAUCUCCAUGUAUAACAGCUACCCAUACUACCCCUACUUUUACUGCCUGGGGAGCUGGAGCCCAGCUUUCUGGUAA